GAGGGGGGAGCCCAAAGCGGGGUUGUAUAGAGGGUCCCCAAGGGUGUGUGGCGAGUGGGGCAGCGGGGCCGGGCGCCGCAGGACUGUCGGGCGGGAGGGUGCCGGUCCCGCUCCGGGCGGGUCGGGGGUGGGGUCGGGCCGUAGUGGGUCCCGGUGGCGGUGAGUCAGGGGGGAUCCACGGGGGGUGCGUCCCUCCUGGGGGGUGCGUCCCUCCCGGGCGGGUCCCUCCCCCGGGGGAGGGCCGGGGGCUCUCGGAGGGGUCCAGGCCGCGCCGUUGCCAUGGCAACUUCCCCAUCCCACUAUGGCGGCGCAGUGCUCGCCGUCACGCCGCCACUCUGCGCAUGCGCCAGGCCGCCUUCACUUCCGCCCGGCGCCCCGCGGCCCCGGAAGCGGCGGCGGGGGCGGGGGUUUCCGGUUCCGGGUGGCGGCGGCGGGGGGGCGGCGGGGCCGGGCUCGGGCGGUCGGAGCGCGGAGGGGCCGCGGCAGGCCGAUCCCCCUGGAUUCAGCUCCGUCCCCGCAGAUCCAGCGCCCCCCCAGCUCGGGGGGUCCCGGCUUUGGGGGGGAGCCCGGCCCCGUCUCCCCCCCCUUCCCGCCCCAGUGGCCCCCUCGGGAGGAGGAAGAGGAGGAGGAGGAGGAGGAGGAGGAAUGGCGGCGCCGUGGCGGGCGAGUCUCCUGGCCUGCGAGGGGCUCUCGGGCGUCUGCCUCGUCCCCACCGUCGCCAGCAAGAAGAUGAUGCCCAAAUCCGGCGGGAAACAGGACGGGAACCGGGAACGGGGCUCCAGCCCCGACCUCCUGUCCCUCCGCCAGGACCCCGACAAGCCCCGUGCCCGCAAGGACGAUGAUGCUCCUGAGGCCUCCAACCCCAAGAAAUCCAUGAAAAAGCGCCGCAAGCGGGUUCCCGGCGCCGAGGGACCCCCGAGCUCCUCCCGCCGAGGAUCCCAGGUUUGCCGCCGCGCCGCACGAGGAGGAGGAGGAGGAAGACAAUCUCCCAAACUCCGGCAGAUGGUGGUGAUUGAGCAAAACGGCUCCUUCCAGCUCAAGAACUUCAUCUGCGACCACUGUUUUGGCGCCUUCCGCAGCAGCUACCACCUCAAGCGGCACAUCCUCAUCCACACCGGGGAGAAGCCGUUCGAGUGCGACAUGUGCGACAUGCGCUUCAUCCAGAAGUACCACCUGGAGCGGCACAAGCGCGUGCACAGCGGGGAGAAGCCCUACCAGUGCGAGCGCUGCAUGCAGAGCUUCUCCCGCACGGACCGGCUGCUCCGACACAAGCGCAUGUGCCAAGGCUGCCAGACCAAGACCCCGCCCGACUCCCAGCUCCUGCUGUGAAAAUCUGGGAAUACCGGGAAGUUCAGGGGGUGCAGGAGGGGGGUGUUUCUUCCUGCACCCCUCCACAUCACCAUGCUCUGCCUCACCUGGAUUUCUCACCCCUCUAAGGAUGGGGAAGAACACGAGCGCUGCCAGCAUGAAAAAACUCAGAUCGUUCCUGCCCUCUGGCCUAAAAACUUGGAUUAUGAUCCCAAAAAUCCUCCUGGAAUCUUCAAGUGGCCCCCCCCGCCACCAUCGUUAUACCCCUGAAUCCACCCCUCCCCCUCUUAGGAAAGACCGAGAACCCCCAAACUGCCUGAAAUCCCGGCGGAUCCGGGAUACCUGUGCACAGGUAGGAGAGUCCCACUGGGAACAGCAGCAUCAAUCCCUCUCUUCUUUGGGAAAAAGAGGAAAACUGAAGAUGCUGGGGGAUGCCUCAGCCUGGGGUGGGGGGUGCACCCCCUGUUUUUUAGGGUUUUUUUUUUGGAAAACAGGUUAAAAAAGGAUUUUGGGGGCCCCCCUUGAGCGGCGCAUCCUGUGGGACACUCAGCAGCACUUCCCAUUUCCUCUGGAACUCCUUCAGAUUUUGGGGGGUUUUCUCCUACUUCCGCAUAGUUUUGGGGUGCUGCCUAUGUCCCCCCAUGCUGGGAGGUGUGCACCCUAGGUGGGGGUGAGAAAGGGGGGGUGAGGGCCCCCCCGGAUGAGGGACGAGGUGAAGGGGGCAGGAGCAGCCCCCAAAGACCACGAGGUGAGCCCCUGCUCUUCCCCCCAUUUUGGGGGGGGGGGUCCCUGUCCCCCCAUCACAGACUGCUCCAAGGGGCAAGAGACAUGAAUUCCCCCCCCCCCAUUUUUGUGCCCUGAACCCCCUUCCUGGGCCUGCAGGAGUUUUUGGAGGGGCCCAAAUUUUGGGGAUCUCCCCAAUGACACUUCAAGAAGGACUUUGGCUCUGCUGAGCCCAUUCCCCCAAAUUUGUGGGGCCCUGGGGGGCGCAGCUGGGGGGCUCUGGCAGAGGUUGGGGUGCUGGGGGAGGUUGGGGGGAGGGGGAACUCCAGGGCCCCCAACCUGCAAGGGCUCCCAGCCCCCUCACACCCCCCCCCACCGGCUUCAUUUUUGGGGUGUUUUGUUGGGAUUUAGGGUUUAAUACAGUUAUUUUGCUAUUGGGGGGGGGGGAAGUGGGGUGCAGCCCUGGGGGGUGGGGGGCGGGGGUCACUUUUAAACUGUAGAUUUUUCUAAGGGUCCCCAGAUUUUGUGUCCCCCCCCUUUCACUGUGUCCCCCCAGUGUCCCCCCCACCCCCACUGUGUGUCCUCUCUCCUCCUUUAGGGUUUAUUUAAAUAAAUACUUGGGUUUUUGCUUUUUUAACCCCAAAUGUAAGUCCUUUGGGGCAGUGUGGGGGGACCCCAGAACCCACUCAUGCCAAACAAAGUCAGGGGAGGUUACAUUGGGACUAUGGGGGCUUUUAAAUUGGGGAGGGGAGCAGAAGUGUCCCCUCUUUAUAACUGGGGGUCCCCCCAAUUGGGGAGGGGUCCCCAAGUAGCCCCUUUGUUCCUGGAGGGUUCCCUAAGUCAGAGGGGACCCCAGAUACCCCCCCAUACCCCAGGGGUGCCCUCUCACCUCUGGGGAGGUCCCAAGGUUCCCCUCUCCCCCCACCCAGGUCCCCUUUACAGCCCCCCUCCCAAAUUCAUGACCGCCCCCCAAAAUUUCCAUAUCUU